CGGGCCGGGCCGGGCCGUUCGCCGCGCCCGCCGCGCCCCGGGGCUCCGGCCGCCGCCGCCCGCCCGCUGCCAGGUAAAGCAGCGCUAGGUGAGGCGAGGCGAGGCGGAGCAGGGCUAAGCGGGACAGCCGCUGGCCGGCGGUGGCAGGGCAGAAUGAACAGCUCCGACGAGGAGAAGCAGCUGGAGCUCCUUGCCAGCCUGAAGGACCAAGCAAUUGGUGAAUAUGAAGAACUCAGAGCAGAAAAUAAGAAAACAAAAGAAGAGUGUGACAAAAUCAAGCAAGAACGAGAUGAGGCUGUCAAAAAACUGGAGGAGUUCCAGAAAAUCUCUCACAUGGUUAUUGAGGAAGUAAACUGUAUUCAGAACCACCUCGAAAUUGAGAAGACGUGCCGAGAAAGUGCUGAGGCUUUGGCUUCUAAGCUGAACAAAGAAAAUAAGACCUUGAAAAGAAUUAGUAUGCUUUGUAUGGCAAAACUGGGCCCAGAAAUUAUCACUGAAGAGAUUAACAUUGAUGAGGACGAUUCAUCCACGGAUACAGAAGCUAAUUCUGGAUCAUGUAAUUCUGUGCAUUGUCAGCAGCAAAUAAAAGAGCUGCGAGAUCAGAUUGUAUCUGUUCAUGAGGAAAAGAAGACCUUGGCCAUUGAACUGGAAAACCUGAGGUGCAAACUUGUAGAAGUAAUUGAAGAAGUGAAUAAAGUGAAAGAAGAAAAAGCUGCUUUGGCAACGGAGGUUACUAAACAGCAAAAACUGUUGGAGAAAUGUAACAGAGUGUCUGUGAUGGCAGUAGAGGAAUAUGAAGAGCUUCAUGUAAACUUUGAACUGGAAAAGAACCUAAGGAAGAAAGCAGAGUCGUUUGCACAAGAGAUGUAUAUUGAACAAAACAAAAUGAAAAGGCAAAGUCAGUUGCUUCUGCAAAAUUCUGCUCCUGAUCAGCAGCUUUUGAAGGCUUUGGAUGACAAUGCUAAGCUAACUCAUGCAUUAGAAGAGGAGAGGCUUCAACACCAGCAAAAGAUCAAAGAACUGGAAGAGCAGCUGGAGAAUCAAGCGCUGCACAAGGAGAUCAGUCGUCUUAAACAGCAACUAGAACUUUUGGAAGAAGAUAAAAAGGAGCUAGAGCUGAAGUGCCAGAAUGCAGAAGAAAAAGCUAGAGACCUAAAGCAUUCAGUUGAUGAACUUCAAAAACGAAUACAGCAGUCUGAAAAUCCUCCACCGCCUCCUCCACCGCCGCCCCCUCCUCCUCUUCCUCCUCCCCCUCCUCCUAACCCUAUAAGGUCUCUCAUGUCAAUGAUUCGCAAGAGAUCUCACUCCAACACCAACGUGAGCAAGAAGGAGAAGCCUCCUCAGCAGGAGGCAGGAGAAGAGGUUACAGACCUGAAGAGACAAGCUGUUGAAGAAAUGAUGGACAGAAUUAAAAAGGGAGUUCAUCUGAGACCAGUCAACCAGUCAAGCAGGCCUAAAACAAAGCCAGAAACACCAAAGCCCUCUGAAAGUGCAAUGAAAGAAUUAAAAGGGAUUCUGGAAACACUGAAUAAAUCCACUAGUUCCCGGAGCUUGAAGUCCCUUGAAACAGACAGCAGUGAAACGGAGCUGGAGCGAGUCCUGCGACGCCGGAAAGUUACCACUGACCAGGACAGUGGCAGUCCUACUGGAAUCUUGGCCACAUCAGAAUCAAAAUCUCUGCCUGUGCUAGGCUCGGGGGCCAGUGCUGCACAAACAGCGUUGAACAAGAAAGACCUGGAGACAGAAUUCAGUUCCAAAGUACCCAACUCAGGUCCUGUCUCUAACCAGCCUAAGGCUGGCACAGGCUCUAAGCCUACAUUACAAUCCACCAGCCACACAGAAUUUACAAGAAAAGCUUCUAGCAGUGAAAAAGAGACAGAGUCUGUUGUAGUUUUAGAUCCUGUUUCCACCCCCGGGGACCAGCUGGCUGAAAACACGCCGAGUCAGAGCAAAGGGAAAGAAGAAAGGAGCAAGCUGCUGCAUAAAGAAGCCAACGUGGAGAAAAUAAAAGAAACAGACAGUUCUAACUGUUAAUUGGGUUUGGGUUUUGGUUUGUUUGGUUGUU